AUGAUAAGAAAGGAAGACAUAAUGUGUAUUGAAAAGACAGGGUCCGGUCCAUUCUGGGAGGAAUUUCUUGUGUUUAUAGAAGUUAGAAAAAGAGUCGGGGGGCUCUAUCACCUCCGUGUUAUGAAAAAAAAGAAGAUAAUAGACUAUGGGGAGUGUGACAUGAUACAGAAUGAAUACUACAUCCGAUCUCGGAUACGACAUCCUUUUCUCAUCAAUACCAUAUGUGGAUUUCAAGACUAUGAGCAUCUGUUCUUGGUUUCUGAACAAUCCCAGAACUACCUUGCCAAUUUGAUCAGUUCCGAGGGAAGGUUCUCAGCAAAGGUGUCAAGGUUCUAUAUGGCGGAGAUACUUCUGGCAAUACAGUACUUGCAUUCAAAGGGGUUCACCUAUGGAUUUCUGUCUCCAAAGAACAUGAUGAUAGGAGACGAUGGGCAUAUAAAGCUGAAAUACGACUUUUUGAACGGUAUAGACUGUGUUGUUGGAGAUUUUGAGGAAAAUAUAGAGUAUGCAUCGAUAGAUUAUGCAAACAGUGGAGAGUUUGGGCCUGUGUCUGACUACUGGUCUAUGGGAAUAAUAUUAUACCAUAUGCUUGGCGGUAUCACUCCGUUUGCAGCACCUGGCAUGGAUUCCGUUAUUACAAGAAUUAAGACGAAUAGAAUUAGGUUCCCGGAGUUUUUUGAUGAACAUGCCCGAAACUUGAUAUCAAAGUUGUUAGUUACCUCUCCUAGAGACAGGCUCGGAUAUAUGGAAGAGGAUGCAGAGAUGAUCCGAAAACACCCCUUUUUUGAAGGAAUAAGCUGGGUGGAUGUUCUAGAGAAAAAGAUAAAGCCUCCGUUUCUGUUUAAUGUUACGAAAAAGGAAUGUACUUCGAGAUCGGCAAAUCUUAGAAUUCUUUAUACAACAGAUUAUCUUCCCGACCAAAAGGACGGAUAUGGGCAAACAUUCAGAGGAUAUGGAAGCAUAUAUUCUCCGGAUAUUCAUAGGAAGAUAUGGAGAUACGGUUACAUUUGA